GACGGGAAGAAAAGAAAGAGAGAAAAUAAAAAAGGAAAAGGGACAGAACACGGCAACAGAACGAAAGAAAAUGAGGUUCAUCAAAUCCCGAGACGACAAGCCUUCUCCUGGCUAUGACGCCGCUUCGGAUGACAUCGAGGCCGCGCCGGCCGUCGCCACGAGUACAGCCGGGCUCGGCCCCCGGGACCACAAGUCCGGCACGGACCCCGACGACCCGGACAAGACCGACUCCUCCUCCUCCGACUUUGACCUCAUGGACCCCAAGUCGGGUGUCAAACGAGGCCUGAAGACCCGUCAUCUCAGCAUGAUGGCCCUCGCCGGCAUCAUCGGCCCGGGCCUCCUCAUCGGCUCCGGCGGCGCCCUGUCCAACGGCGGGCCGGCGUCCCUGCUCAUCGGCUUCGGUGUGAUCGGUAUCAUCGCCUUCAGCAUCAUGCAGAGCCUGGGCGAGCUCACCACGCUGUAUCCUUCCGGCGGCGCUUUCACGGCCCUCGGCGACCGGUUUGUCGACAAGGCUUUCGGUGUCGCCGUCGGUUGGAAUUACUUUAUCAUCUGGUUCGCUGUGCUGGCGAAUGAAUACAACGCCCUUUGCAGCAUAUUGGUGUUUUGGAGCGAUUCUAUACCUCUAUGGGGGUAUUUCCUCAUCUUCUGGUUUGCCUUCACUGGCUUCCAGCUUCUCGGCGUCGCAUCCUUUGGUGAGGCCGAGUUCUGGCUCGCCCUUGUGAAGAUCGUUGGCCUCGUUGCCUUUUUCAUUUUUGCCAUUGUCUACGCGGCCGGCGGCAUUCAAGGCCAAGAGACCCCCCUCGGCUUCCAACUCUGGCACGACCCCGGCCCCUUCAACGGCAACGGCUUUCGCGGCGUGGCCACCGUCUUCGUCUUCUGCUCCACCUUCUACGCGGGCGUCGAGUCUGUCGCCGUAGCCGCCACCGAGACCAAGAACCCGCGUGUGGCGGUGCCGCUGGCGAUCCGGCAGGUCUUCUGGCGCAUCCUCUUCAUCUACAUGGGGUCGGCCUUCUUCUUCGGGCUCACCUGCCCCGCCAAAGCGCGCGAGCUCGUCUGGGCGAACGCGAAGGCGCUGCAGAGCCCGAUGACGAUCGCGAUCCGGAACGCCGGCUGGCAGGGCGGCGUGCACCUGAUCAACGCCUUCAUCUGCGUCACCUGCAUCAGCGCCUGCAACGCCUCCAUCUACAUCGGGUCCCGGACGCUGCUCUUCAUGGGCCAGGACGGCAAGGCGCCCCAGAUCCUCGGGUGGACCGACAAGCGCGGCGUGCCCAUCCCGGCCAUCGUCCUCACCAACCUGUGCGGCGCGCUGUCCAUGAUGAACAUCAGCACGGGCGCCGGCCGGGCGUACGGCUACAUCGUCAACCUGAGCGGCGUCUCGACGUUCCUGGUGUGGGGGUCCAUCGCCUUCAUCCACAUCCGCUUCCGCAAGGCCUGGGCGGUCCAGGGCCUGAGCGUGGACGACUUGCCUUUCAAGUCCAUGUUCUACCCCUGGAACGCCUAUUUCGGUCUGGCGUCCAACGUCUUCCUCGCUUUCGUCCAGGGCUGGACGAACUUGGCCCCCUUCGAUGCCGCGGGGUUCGUCGAUGCUUAUAUCCUUCUUCCGCUGUUUGGCGUGAUUUAUUUUGGCUUCAAGUGGUGGAAUAAGACCAAGUUCUGGAGGUCUCACGAGGUGGAUCUGCUUUCUGGCCGGAGACGAGACGUCGAUGAGGCGAGGGAGAUUGCGCGUGGCGAGUCUGAGGCGAAGAGUCGGCCAUGGUGGAAGAGACUUGGGAACAAUCUUCAGACGGUUCUGUUGUCCUGUUGUCCUGUUGUCUCUCUGGAGGUCGAGUAA